CAGUGGGAUCCUAGCUGCCUGAAAGGAGCAACCAUGACUCUGAGGGAUGGGGGCAUACAAGGGUACAUAACUUUAUGUAACGGAUUAGGCAAGGUGUGUAGAUGCUAUCAAAACCUUAUACCUUACUCUAGAACAAAACUACAAAUACGAAAGAAAUACCCAACCUUGUUAGUGCCUUCUCAUCCCAAGUACUCAACAUUGGGAGGAGAGUCUUUGGAACUGGCGAUUUCAACCCUCGACAGACUCUCCUCCCAAAUCCACGGUCUUCCCUCUCUAUCUCCCCAUAUAUUCACCAGAUCCUCUGCCACGGCUACCGCCACCGCAUCCAAGAAGGUCGCUAAUCGAAUCGUAAAGCGCUUCGCCAACGAUCAGGAGUGGCAGAAGCGUCAGGUUGUCGGGCUAGCGGGCCAGACCCACCUUCGUGCUCUCGCCAACGGAGGACUGAUCGACCCUGCAUCCCACCGCCUCGAGGAGAUCGACGCGUGCUCGGCCGAAUGCGAGGUCAACAUCGCUGAGGAAUGGCUCGAGAAGCUCCCGCCUCGCAGCUACGACAAGGAGUACGUCUUGAAGCGCAAUUCACGGGCUCGCGUCUUGAACAAGCACUCACGUCUCGGCUGUCAGGUCCUGCUCACGCCUGAGCUCCAAGGUAUGGUUGUUGCUGUCCCCGAGCCUAAGCCGUGGGAUAUUCCAUAGGAUUAACAAUUUCUUUUCCUUUUUUUUCUCUUGUGGUAUUUUAUUGGGGUAAUAAGAUUAACAAUUUGGGACUUGAGAACAUGUUUAUUUUUGCCUUUUGUUCAGCACCCAUUGUAUGAAUUUUUAAUGUUAGUGAGAGACGACAAUUUUAUGUUAGUUUGCUGAAAUUGGUUAAGAAAAUAUUAGAAAUCAAAUUGUAAGAAAAUUUACUAUCCUGC